AUGGCAGCAGCAACUUCCGUCGUCUCAACUCAAGAACAUGACAACAAUCUUGAAAUCUAUUCUCUCAUUUGGUUGGAUUCUGCAGUGAAAGAAGCUAAAGACUACAUUGAUGCUCAACAACGACUUCGUAAAUUAAUCAAUCAUUUAAAAGCAUUCGAUGAUAUUGUUCAAUGUGAAUCAUAUAUACGAUCUAUACCUGAAGAAGAUCGGAUUAUUUUCAUUGUUAAUAAUCGAUUAGGACAAGAAAUAGUACCUCGAAUUCAUUCACUCCGACAGAUCUUUUCAAUCUAUAUAUACUAUCCAAACAAUAAACGAAAUAACGAUUGGACAAAAAAAUUCAGCAAAAUUAAAAGUGUAUGUGCGCAAUUGAAUGCACUUGUUGAUCAAAUUCUAUCGGAUCAAACGAAAAGAAGUCGUAACAAAGUUGAUGAAUUUCUUACAAUUAAUAUUUUCAAUACAACUAGUCAUGAAGAAAAAUCAACAACAGGACUUAAUGGUCAAUUUGUUCAUUCUCAAUUAUUAAUCGAUCGUCUUCUUGGCAUGAAACCAAAAGAAACAGAUAAAAAUGAAUUAAUUAAUUUAUGUAAGAAAUUUUACAAAGAUAAUCCAAGUGAACUAGCAAUUAUUCAUGAAUUUGAAAAAGAUUAUUUACCUGAUCGUGCUCUAUGGUGGUAUACAAGAGAAUCAUUUCUCUAUCGAUUAUUAAACAAAGCUCUUCGAAUGCAAGAUAUAGAUUUACUUUUUCUUUUUCGAUUUUUUAUUCGUGAUAUUUAUAAACAACUUGAAAAACUUCAAUAUUCAACUCCUAUUCAUGUUUAUCGAGGUCAAAUAAUAUCAAAUGAUGAAUUACAAACAUUAAAAUCUUCUAUUGAUCAAUUCAUUUCGAUGAAUUCAUUUCUUUCGACAAGUCUUGAUCGUCGAUUAGCUUUGUCCUUUCUCAAUAGUUCAACAUUGUCAGACAAUUUGCAACGUAUUCUAUUUGAAAUUGAUCUUGAUCCAACACUUACUGGUAUCAAACCAUUUGCUAAUAUUACGUCGAACAGUUUUUUUACCGAUGAACAAGAAGUAUUGAUCAUGUUAGGAUCAAUAUUUCGACUUGUUAAGAUUGAUUAUCAAGAUCGAGUAUGGAUUGUUCACAUGACAUUAUGUAGUGAUAAGGAUAAUAAUUUAAAACCUAUUUAUGAUUAUAUGAAGAAUGAAUAUGAUAAAAGUGAAGGAGAAUCAAGCAUAUUCUCAUUCGGUAUUCUUCUAUUUAAAAUGGGACAAUAUGAUAAAGCUCAAAAAUACUAUAAUCAUCUACUAAAUGAAUUACCUCGAGAUCAUCCAGAUUUGGCUCCUUGUUAUCACAAUCUUGGUAUGAUAGCCAAUAAUAAUGGUAACUAUGAUGAAGGUCUGAAAUGGUUUAAUAAAGCACUUGAAAUCUAUACUCGAACACACAAAUUUGAUGAUCCUAUUCUCGCAGUUGAACAUAAUAGUAUCGGUGAAAUUCAUGUACGAAAAGGGAAUAAUGCAAGUGCACUCGAAUCAUUUAAUAAAGCAUUAAUCAUUCGAAAAAAAGUAUUUGGUGAAGAUCAUCUAGAGACUGCAAUGAGCUAUCAUAAUAUGGGUAAUGCUUAUCAAGCAGAGAAAAAACUUCAAGAAGCAUUCGAAUGCCAUCAAAAAGCAUUAGCUAUUAGACAGAAACAUCUUCCGGCUGAUCAUCCUGAUUUAGGUGCAUCUCACAAUUGUAUUGGUAGUGUUUAUCUAUGUUAUAAUUGUCCUGAUCUUGCAUUAGAAUUUUAUAAUAAAGCAUUAAAAAUCUAUCAGAAAUCUCUACCAAGUCAACAUUCUGAUAUUGCAAUGACACACUAUAAUCUUGGUCUUCUUUACGCUGGUAAAAAUGAUUUUCAACAAGCAAUAGAUAAUUUUCAAAAAGCUUCAACUAUCUUUCGUGCAACAUUACCUUCAACACAUCCAUUUAUUGCCAUAGUCGAUCAAGACAUUCAACGAGUUUCAAAUAGACUCAAGUAA